CCGGGCCAUCUGCAACUGCUGCCCGUUGCUUCAAACUUAUACAUACCUGCAGUACUGUCCUCAACGUUGUACCAGCUUUAUCAAAAUCAGACUCUCCGAUAUGGACAAGUCUACCAAGACGCCGUCAAAAGAUCCUCUUUUCCAGGUGUACCUGCGCCUGCGGCCACCCAUACAACCCCAAUUGGCGAAGCAGAAAUCCGACCCGUGGCUCAUUGUUGAACCUACCACCACUCCUGUUGAAGAGAACACCAAAUCGUUUCCUUCGCAUGUAACUCUUCAGACUCCGAGAGAUUCCAACAGACGCUGGAUAGAGCAGUUCAGUUUCACCAAAGUUUUCGAAGAAGUGGCAUCGCAGCUAGAUGUGUUCGAAGAGACAGGAAGUAUAGACAUACUCAAAAGCGUUUUGCAGACAGGUAAAGAUGGUCUUAUUGCGACGCUGGGAGUCACAGGGAGUGGAAAGAGCCAUACCAUUCUCGGGUCGGAAUCACAACGAGGUUUAACUCAGAUGACUCUUGAUCUGUUGUUCACAUCAAUCGGUGACAACAUCAGGCGAGCGGACUCAACUCUUCUAUCAGCUUUGAAGGCAUCGGAUGUUUCAGAAGCCAAAAUCCUCUCAGCAGCCACAUUUCUCGAUACAUCGAAUAGUGAUGGCGAUUGGGCAGAGAUAUCAAAUGCGAGGCUGCCUUUUUCGAGAGCACAAACACCCAUGAUGGACUCUUAUGCUGCUCCAGACCACCCGGCCUCACGCCAGAGCACUUUCCCACGGCAGCCAGACGUUUCGUCAUACUCGAUCGAGGUUGACCCAACCAACGAAUACGUGGUUCUUGUGUCAAUGUACCAGGUGUAUAUGAAUGACAUCAAAGACCUCCUUUCCUCCUCAGCCUCUUCAAACGCACCUACUAUGUCGACCCGACCCAGAGCGGCGCAACAACAGAAAAAGGGUCUGCCGUUCAAAAACACAAAGAUGUCGCCAGAUCGCAAAGUAGUGGCGGGACUUCAAAAGAUUGUUUGUGGAAGCUAUGACGAAGCCAUGCGAGUGCUUCGGAGGGGUCUGAAGGAAAGAAACACCGCAUCCACAGGCAGCAACAAUGUCAGCUCAAGAAGCCACGCAUUUUUUUGCAUUGAAGUUAAGAAGAAAAUUGCAAUGAGGGGGCACGCUGAUUCCGUGACGCCGGCCUGGACUGGUGGUACACUAUCAAUCAUUGACCUUGCAGGAACAGAGCGAAUGGACAAUGCGAAAACCACAGGGCUCACCCUGGCCGAAGCCGGGAAGAUCAACGUGAGCCUGAUGCACCUAGGGCGGUGCCUCGAGAUGCAGAGUGAAGGCAGCAAGGCGGUUAUUCCGUUCAGACGGUGCAAACUUACCGAGCUCUUGUUCUCCAACUCGUUCCCUUCCUCCUCAAGCCAUGCAGCUACCUACCGACCGCAGAAAGCUGUCAUGAUCGUAACAGCCGAUCCUUCUGGAGACUUCAAUGCAACCAGGCACAUAUUGAAAUGUUCGGCCCUGGCUCGAGAUUUCAAGGUCUCGAGAAUAGCUAGCACCACAAGCACAAUCCUUCGCACCACCAGCGUAUGCAAAGGAGCCAAUGGGGGUCGCACAAGCCCUCAAGACAUGAUCAAUAGUUAUUUGACUGCUCAAGAGCUAGAACAAGCAACAAAUGAAGCUACUCGAUUUGCUGAAAAGUGCGUCGCCUUGGAGGUCCGACUUGCCGAAGAAGAAAUGAAGAGAGUCGAAGCCGAAGCAGCUGCCGAGGCAGCAGAAGAACAGCUUAUGGAUAUGGAGCAACAGGUGCGAGAAGAAUGCUGGAUAGAAAUGGAGCAGCAUCUUGAAGAGGAAAAGGAAAGAUGGAGAGACGCCUGGGAACAGGAGAAGACACAAAACGAGGCGUUCAUGGAUGGCAAGCUGGGAAUCCUGGAGAAGACCACGCAAUUCCAUAUCCAUGAAGACGCGGCUGAGGCCAGGGUCGAAGAACUUGAACGAGAGAACGAAUCGCUCAGAGCGAAACUGCGGGCCCUAGAGCAGGAAUUACAGACAAGAAGUCCGACAAAAAGGUCGCGCGGGGGUUCCAAAUCUCCAGUCAAGGGUAUCAUCCUGCAGGAGACGGCCAACAUCAACAUUGCAACAAACCCUUUUUUAGCCUCAUUAAAGGCAAGGGAUAGUGAUUUGACCAUCAGGGCGAAAUCCAGUGAGGGUGAUAUGCACGGAACAUCUGAGAUUUCUCCAAGAAAACAAUCACUGAGGAGUUCCAAUGUGUCUCAUGCAACAGUUGAGGAACAGCCACCUACCACGGUCAAGAAGCAACGCAAAUUGACGACGAGAAAGUGGGAUUUGGGAGACCCCAAUGGGUUUUGAAUUAUAGGACGACUUACCUUUUAUGUUGUAUUGACUAUGCAUAGCGAUGCGCAGCAGGGCUUCUUUUCUUGAUUGAGCAAGCGAUUCAGAUAAUAGCAAGGUGUUUGAUAGCCAAUUCGAGCAAAUGACCA